AUGGACGUAUUUGAUACAGACUCUGAUUACGCCAACCACCCGCCUCCCACGGACUCGGAGGCCGAGUACGAGCCAUUGCCCGUGUAUGUUUCAUCGUCGACGUCGCUGGCCACUAUGAGCAACAGGGGCGGACGACCGCCUUCCAACAUGCUGCACUCACGAAACGGCUCGCGCGAGACGCUUCUUGAGAACGAGGACCUCGUCAACCAGGUGAUUCUGUUCGGUAUUUCCUCCACAGCAACCACAGAUCUCAACCGACAACGCAAUUCUCUCAAAGAGCUGGGACUCAAAAGACUCUCUCCCCGGGAACACAUAGCCGUUGCUAUCUGCCGAGAUUUCUCACUUUUGGUGAUAAUUAAAAACCUGGUUGUCCUGUGGCACUCCUGGUACACCAUGAUGUACGACGAGCCGUUCCAGAUCAACGUGACGUCCGUGCGGGCGUCGGAAUUCUUUCUUGCCGGAAUCUGGUGCAUGGUGUCUGGGUUUCUGUCGUACUCGAUUCUGGAUGGGCUGAUGGUGCGGUGGAUCGUGAUGUAUGCGAUCCAGGCGGCUAUAGUGCGGAUGCUGAGCAUGUCGCUCCUGAUCGUUGCUCUUGUGGAAGUGCUGACGUUCAUGUUCAAUAACAAGCAGAACGAGUACUGUUUGCCGGUGUGGAUCUUGAUUAGUUGCGUGAUGACGCUCAUCUACAUCAUCCAGAACUUUGUCACUUCAAACCUGCGUCUGGACCGCCAUUUGCAGGACAAAGACGAGCCCAAGCCGCGCAACAAGGUGCCGCGCACCGUGGACCUCUACAACAUCACCGUUUUCGCAGUCGUCCCCAUUGGGCUGGCUAGCUUUGUCACCAUGAUAGGCCUGAUCCGGCUGGUCCUGAUCCUGCGGCUAGAAGCGGUGAUGGAAAAAGACUUGUAG